UAAUAUUUACAACAUGCCAGAUUUGCCAAAUUGAUGGAUCAUUUCGGUUAGGGCUAGAUUUAUCUUAAAAAUAAGUUAUAAAUUUAUAGUAGCUGCAGCUUAUAAAUUAUUAUCCUAGCUGCAGCAAUAUUGUAUGCAAAUUUUAAUAUUUUUAUAACAACACAAGAAAUACUUUAAGAAAAAUGGAUAAUCUAGAAACGGCGUCGGGCAAACCACAUAUUUUAUCCUUCAACGAAAUUAAGCAAGCAGCUGAAAGAAUUGAAAAUGGAGUAAUACACACGCCUCUAUGUGAAGCGAAAAUUAGCAAAUACAUGGAUUACAAGAUAUAUUUAAAAUGUGAUAAUUUACAAUACACGGGCAGUUGUGCUGAACGCGGAAUUCGAAAUGCCUUCGUCGCCCGGCAUGAUGACAUGUCGCAAAGAGGAGUCAUAGUGCCUUCGAACGGAGAUAUGGCCCUUGGCGCUGCUUACCACGGCAGUGCUCUGGGUAUACCGGUUACAGUGGUGCUCCCAGAGCGCAGUCCUCCGUCUCAGGCACAGCGCUGUGCGGAGCUCGGCGCAGACGUGGUGCUCUACGGCGAUACCCUGGAGGACACCGUCAACUACGCUAAAAAAGUCAACCGAGAUGGAAAACAUAUUUUACUAAGCUCGGACGAUCCACUAGUAAUGGCGGGUCUGGGCACAGUGGGCAUAGAGAUCAUCACGCAGCUGCCGGAAGCCGACGCGGUGAUCGUGCCGGUGGCCGCGGGCGGGCUGCUCGCCGCCACGCUCGUCGCCUGCAAGAAGCUCAAGUGCACUUGUCUGGUUUAUGGAGCAGAAUGUGCGAAGGUGCCGACUAUGAUGAGGGCACUACAAGCCGGUUACCCGGUGUCGGUGCCACUCGUGCCUAACCUAGCGCAGGGUCUGAGUUCCUGUGUCGUCGGAGAAAAUGCCUUUGCCACUAUCAGAGGAAGAUUGGACAGAAUGUUGGUGGUGGAUGAAGCUUACAUCGCCAAGGCCGUGAUAAAUGUAUUGGAGCGCGAGCGACUGGUCGCGGACGGCGCCGGUGUUUGUGCCUUGGCUGCCGUCAUGCAGGGGCUUGCACCAGAACUGAGAGGAAAGCGGGCGGUUUGCGUAAUUAGUGGUGGAAACGUGGACUCUGGCAGACUGUCUCGCACGAUCCAACGCGGCCUCGGCGUGAGCGGGCGACUGAUGCGCUUUGCGGUGGCGGUGCCCGACCACUGCAAGGGCUUGGAGGUGCUCGCGAAAGCCAUUGCUGAUGAGCAAGCCGUGCUGAAGAGUCUGGUCACCGAGCAAAUGUGGGUGCAUACGGAUGUUGGGACUACUUGGGCUAAUGUGGUCGUAGAGACAGCUAAUGAAGAACACGCAGCAAAGUUCAAGGACCACCUACGAGAUUUAUAUCCCACUAUCAGAUUUGCAAUGCUUGAUGUUGAUGAUAAACACAAAGUUGGCAUGCACUAAUUAUACUAUUUAUUUAUCCAAUAUUGGACCUCUAGCUAGGUAUUGUUUGAAAUCAUUUUUUUUAAAACUCAUCGUUUUAUCACAGCAUUUCAAGCGAAAAAAUAAUAAUUACUGAAUUAACAAAAAUAGGAAUUUUUGGAUUUGAUAGUUAUAUUUACAUAAUACAUACAUAUUAUUAUAUUUAUUGCUAUUGUUUAUUUGGAAUUUGUAUUUGAAUCAGUCAUUUCCAAAACUGCAUAAGUCAUUCAAUUAGAAUUUUUCAGGCAUCAAUAAAAACAGUUUCAAUUAUAAGUAAACUAAUUUUGAAGGACUUUACUAGAAAUAAAGGAACCCCCUGAGUAACAUAGUUUUUACUAAGGAUGUGCCUUUGAGAAAGCAUUUACAGCAUAAAAAG